AUAUCUCUCCGUAUCAUGGCCCACGUGAGACACUUUCGGACAUUAGUUUCGGGAUUUUAUUUCUGGGAAGCAGCACUGUUACUCAGUUUGGUUGCAACAAAGGAAACAAAUAGUGCAAGAUCUAGAAGUGCUCCAAUGUCACCUUCUGACUUUCUGGAUAAAUUAAUGGGGAGGACAUCAGGGUAUGAUGCAAGAAUCAGACCCAAUUUUAAAGGUCCUCCAGUUAAUGUCACAUGCAACAUAUUCAUAAACAGCUUUGGCUCUAUUGCUGAGACAACCAUGGAUUACAGAGUGAAUAUCUUUCUUCGUCAGAAAUGGAACGAUCCUCGCCUUGCAUAUAGUGAAUAUCCUGAUGACUCUUUAGACCUAGAUCCUUCCAUGUUGGACUCCAUUUGGAAACCUGACCUGUUCUUUGCCAAUGAAAAGGGUGCCAACUUUCACGAAGUUACUACAGACAACAAACUGUUAAGAAUUUUCAAGAAUGGAAAUGUUCUUUAUUCAAUAAGAUUGACAUUAACACUUUCCUGUCCAAUGGAUCUCAAGAAUUUUCCGAUGGAUGUGCAAACGUGCAUAAUGCAACUGGAGAGUUUUGGAUACACAAUGAAUGAUCUCAUUUUUGAAUGGCAAGAUGAGGCACCUGUACAAGUGGCAGAAGGACUCACUCUGCCCCAAUUUCUGUUGAAAGAAGAGAAAGAUUUACGAUACUGCACUAAACAUUACAACACAGGAAAGUUUACAUGUAUAGAAGUGCGAUUCCAUCUUGAACGACAAAUGGGAUACUAUCUGAUCCAGAUGUAUAUUCCCAGUCUCCUGAUUGUUAUUCUGUCAUGGGUUUCAUUCUGGAUCAAUAUGGAUGCUGCUCCGGCCAGGGUAGCUUUGGGAAUAACUACUGUGCUGACUAUGACCACACAGAGUUCAGGAUCCCGAGCUUCCUUACCAAAGGUAUCAUAUGUCAAAGCUAUUGACAUUUGGAUGGCAGUGUGCCUCCUUUUUGUGUUUGCAGCACUUCUGGAAUAUGCAGCUGUAAAUUUUGUAUCAAGACAACACAAAGAACUUCUGAGAUUUCGACGAAAGAGAAAGAAUAAGACAGAAGCUUUUGCAUUGGAGAAGUUUUACCGUUUCUCAGACACGGAUGAUGAGGUAAGGGAAAGUCGGUUCAGCUUCACUGCCUAUGGCAUGGGGCCGUGCCUGCAAGCAAAAGAGAGUGUGACCCCCAAGGGCCCAAACCGUCCUGUCCAGGUAAUGCCAGAAAGCCCUGAUGAAAUGAGGAAGAUCUUCAUCGACCGGGCCAAGAAGAUUGACACCAUCUCCCGAGCCUGCUUCCCAUUAGCCUUUUUGAUUUUUAAUAUUUUCUACUGGGUUAUCUAUAAAAUUCUUAGGCAUGAGGAUAUACAUCAGCAAUGAGAUUAAGUCUCGGGGGUCAUGCAAGUGCAAACAGUCAAUUCGAAAGUGUCUUCGCCAUAAGGGUGUGUGUGUGUGUGUGUGUGUGUGUGUGUGUUGUGUACAAAUGAUGACCAUUAUAUUAAAAUGCAUAGAGGAAGGGAUUAUUAUGAUUUGCUAUGCAAAGUCA